AUGGCAGACAACCCAAACGAAGUAGAAUUUUGCUCCCGCGUAAUCAAAUGGCGAGGAAAAAAGGAUGAAUGCAAAAACAACCAACGGAAUGAAAAGAGCCCCAAAGUCUGGCUCGACUAUUACAAUGACAUAGUGAGAGAUGAGCUCAAGGACAUAAAAGCCAAUACACUAUUUAACGUGAAAAGAGACAUGCUUACGAAAAAGGUAUAUCCCAAGAGUAAGAAUUCCGCUCUAUUGCUACAUAAUCCUUUCGACUUUAAUUUGAAAAAAACUCAUCACGGAAAUGAAGGCAAGGGCCAUUCGGAUGUGAGAGGUGGACACUCCAAUGUGGACACAGAACGGAAGAAAAAUUUUUUUUUCGAAGAUUUUGUUUGGAAUAACGAGUUGAGGAGAUAUGUCAAGUUGGAACGGGUAGACGGGGGACAACAUAGGAAGAAUGGCAAGCAGAGCGGAACGCCUAGGCAAGGUGCCAACUGUGGGAGAAACAACUCCUGCAUCGGAUUGGACAACCGCGUAGGAGCCAUCAAUCACCAAACAAGUGGAACAUCCCAAAAGAAAUACACUAGUUUAAGCGGUGCACGGGGGUUAGCAACAUUCCAGAGGGGGAAUGAACCCGUAGCAAUCGCGCAGCACCCAAAUGAUCACCCAAACGAAAGACACGGGGCUGAUCUAAGUGUUCAGCAGAGCGCAUACUAUAGUGCUGGUCCCAAUUCUUAUACAAAUGCUUUCCCAAACGAACAACAUGGUGAUAACUACGGUGCACACCAUAGAGGUGACCCUAUUGCUGACCCUAGUGCCUUUCUCGCUGCUUACCAAAGAGGGUACCACAACGCUCAGUCCAGCACUCACACAAGUUCAAACUACAACGCUGCAGUGGUUACCCACCCCAACGAGCCCACGUCCGAUGUGGCGCAUCAAAUCGGAGAGAACCUGAAAACCAUGAUCUUGGAAAAAUCACAGGCCCUCAAGAACGACACGAUGAGAAAUAAUCAUGGAGAGAACAUCCUGAUGGUCCAGGAUAAGAAAACGGGGAGGGCGAAAAUCGUGGCCAACAAAAGGAUAGAAAUAGGUCAGGUCAUUUUUAUAGAGGAAUGCGUCCUGGAGACAUCUAUCCUGCUGGAGAAUUUAUGGGACACGUUCAAUUCGUUGGACAAUGAGCAAAGAAGGAAGUUGGAUAAAAUUUGCGAGUAUAUGAAUCUGGGGAGGGAAAAUAGGAGCGGGGCACACACGCAGACAGCGUUAUCGGCAGGGGUACCCGCAGCGGUAGCGGAAGAAGAACUACCCAAACUGGGGAGCACAAUGACAGAGGGUGGAAACACACCCCGUGUCAUUUCCUACUGCCAGAGUGGAGAAAAAAUGGACGAAAAAUGCAGAAGACGCAUAGCACAUGGAGUACCCACAGGAAGUCACAUCCAGGAAAUUCGGGAAGUAAAAAGAAAAAAAUCAACGAAUGGAAAAUUUGUAAACGACUUAAUUAAAUUCGAGACAUUCACAGAUGUACUAAAGAACUCCUUCAUUUCGCCAAAGGAUAAAACAAAAAUAAUGUUGUUUCAGUAUGCGUCCCUUUUAAACCACAGCUGCUUCCCGAACGCUAGCUACUCCUAUAUAGACCUUAACAAGAUCUGCUUCAUCUCCAUGAGGACCAUAAAUAGGUAUGAAGAAAUUACCAUAUCGCUGAUAGAUGAGCUGUAUGCUUCCAUCGAACAUAGAAGAAGCAAAUUAGAUGAAGUGAAAAAUGGAACUUGCUUCUGCAACCGAUGUUCACAAAUAAUUGACGAGGAAAGACACAUCCUCUGUCCUCUCUGUAAAUAUUCCUACGUUAGGAAGGAGAUAGAUCCCAAAUGUUUAAAAAGUGCAUAUCACAAUAAAGGUAGCAAUACCAUCCAGUGGGGAUAUACCCCCUCCACAAGGGAAAAAGUUCACCUCCAAAGGGAAGUAACGAAAAGGUUAUACCUCUCCUCCGAGGGUGACGAAGUUGGCACAACAUGCUACUCUGGCAGGCAUAACCAAAUGGGGGGCAUUACCAAAAAGAACAUGAGAAAAACGGGAAGAUAUUCUGAGGAACCCUCCAUGCGUAGUGCCAGCAAAAACGAUGAAGCCGAAUUAUCCAUGUAUAGUCAAAAGGGAAUGCAAAAUGCGAGAAUGACCUUCCCGGAUGAUACACACAAUAUAAGUGAACCCCCAGUGGGAAAAUUUAAUAUACUCAAAUUUGAACGAGGCCUAAACAUAGCGAACAUUCUGAUGCUCAUUUGGAACACACAAAAUGAAAGGAAGGAAAUUGGCUGCUGUAGAUUUCACAAUAAUGAAGACCUAUGGAUUUGUGAUACCUGUGGUGAAGAAGUUUCUUCGUGUGCCCUCCCAGUAGAAAGUGAAAAAAAUUUUACAAAGGAAUAUAAACUUUUAAGGGACAUCAUAUGUAGGUACCAAUUCGAUAGUGAGUACAGUGUUGGAUAUAUUUUAAGUACCAUUGAGAGGUCGCUUGUUUAUAUUAUUGGCAUUUUGGGAGAGAAGCACUGGCUAUAUGCAUCGUUUAAUUACCUCAUGGCGGAUUUAUGCUUCUCCGUCUGCUGCUAUAGUUCGGAUGAGGCAAACUGGGAUAGGUACCUCCUAAAAGGAUUUAAUUCGUUUCAAAAUUUCUUGUGGUUUAUUCAGACGAGGUCUCCACACUCCAUUCACACUGAUUUGGUACCCCUCGUGUUGAAAUUUUUUCUUGUCUGUAUUUAUACAUGCAAUUAUAAAACCCUUUAUGAAUUUGCGAGGUCAGGUUUUUUGGAAUUGAUCAGACAGAAAUAUGGCCCCUGGAACAUUCCCUUCAUGUGUCUCCAUCUUUCCUUUGAAAUGUGCUAUGAGCACAUCAAUCGAAACUUGCCCAUAUGCAGGGAGAUCCUCCUCGUUAUGGCCAACAUGAUUCGGGUGCGGCUCUUCGGGGAGCUCCCCCGCUGA